AUGAAUUAUGCUUAUGAUAGCGUAGAACGAGAAUUAAAAAAGGAUUUAUUUCGUCAUUUGGUGCGGGCUAAAUAUACUAAUUCUUCCGAAGUUUCUCGGAAUUUAAUUACCCAAUUUACGGAUGAUUUGGAUGAAAUUGCAUAUAGUAUCUGGUUUAUUCCUAACCGUUUAAUUUAUGUAGCCUUCACUAUAUUUUUCUUACUUACUUUUGACUUUAAUUUUGGGGGAAAAGGAACUAUCCUGCCACUCUUGGCCAUUUUGUUAGGGUUGUUUGUGGUAUUGUUGGUGGUGGAAAUGAUGCUCUUUAAAAGAGCCAGCAAAUUAAAUCUAGCGGCCAAAAAAAGGCAAGAAGAGGACAAUAAAAUCAUUUACGAACGAAUUAAUAAUUUAGAGUAUAUUAAGGCAGUGUCAGGGGAAAGUUAUGAAGAGAAAAAAGUUGGUCGGCAGUUGGACUCAACUUUUCGCCAGAACAAAAAAUCACUCUGGUAUAGCACAAUGUUUAAGGCAAUUCCUCAAUAUGUAAUUAUUCCGAAUAUUCCCAUUAUUUUUAUGGCCUCGACUCUCGUUUUUUACUCCUCAAAUCCAAAAAUGGGUUCAGUGUUCUUAACUGCUAAUUUUGUUCGAUACUUUUUUUCAGUAAGAAAUUUAAAUAAUGAAGUUAAUAAAAUAAUUGAGGCCAUGCUGACUUUGGAUGAACUUUCCAGUAGCCUAACCAUUGUGAAUGAGAGUGCCAAAACUUUAAAUCGUCGAGUUAUUCCGGCUGAGCCAAGCACUCCUGUUCCAAGGCUUCCGUUCCAGAAUGGUGAUUUAAUUUUUCAAGGGGUAGUGUUUGCCUAUCCCAAACGACCCCAACAAGAUAUUUUGCGAAAUUUUUCUUUCACUUUUCAGCAAGGAAAUAUCUAUGGCAUUGCGGGAAAAAAUGGGAUUGGGAAAAGCACUAUCACCAAAACCACUCUCAAACUUUAUGAACUAAAAAAGGGGCAGAUUUUUAUCGGAGAACAUAAUAUCCGUGAAAUAGAUACGAUUAACCUCCACCAACACAUUUGCUACCAGACUAACCGCCCGACCUUUUUUCGAAUGAGUAUCGCCGAAAAUGUUUGUUAUCCUAAUCAAUACGACCAAAAAGACUAUGAUAAAUUAGUGCGAGCGGCUAAAAAAGUUGGCAUUUACGAAUUUAUUACUAAACUGCCGCAGGGAUUUAAUACCGUUUUAAGGGAGGGGGGGAGUGACCUUUCCGAAGGACAGAAACAACAAAUUUCAGCCAUCAAAAUGUUUAUUAAUGAUUAUGAUAUUUACAUUUUAGAUGAGAUAUUAAGUAAUGUUCACCCGAAUUUGAAAGGAGUGAUUUUAGAUAACAUUUUUGCAAGGUUGAAAGGCAAAACAGUGCUGGUAAUUGACCACCAUUACGAAAUAUUUCAAUAUGUUAACUACAUUUACCAAUUUACGGGGGAAAAAUUAAUUAGAAAAGAUAAACAAGAGUUUUUAGAAAAUAAUUAA